UACACAAAACCACGUACCAUCACUGUGCGGAAUUUCCUUUAUUCUUCACAUAGGAAACUGGAUAUCAUGGCCGAGAUGUGUCUUUGGUGUUCUGUAACCUUUCCCAUUGACAUUGUAAGGUUACGACUGUCUUCAACUUUAACGUGUCUGUUGUAAACGGUGUAGGGCCUUUUUAUCUGGUCCAGUCCAAUCUUUUGUCAGGUUGGAUUCAUCUGAACACUACCUCAUUGUCAGCCAUAAGAGUCGGCCUUCUGAAACGAUGUCCAGAUCAGGCGAUAUACCAGCCCUGGAGUCUGGGACCUCAGAGGGGCAACUGGGAGGCCUGUCCCUACCUGUUGGCAUGACCCGCCGUGCCAUGAGCUAUGAUGACAACAUGGAGGCGCCCAUGUCGCCGCCUCCCUCUGAUAUCAACAUCAACAACCUGUGGGCGAAGAGGCCCGUCGUCCCACCCAGGAGGUUCCGUCAUCAGGCUGAGGAGGAUGAAUCUACCCUAACUCACGCUGCGCCUUUUGACCCUGGCCACAGGCCAAAUAUGCCUGUCGUGGUGAAGGCCAAAGCAUCCUCCGUCAUCAUCAACUCUCUCAUGACCAAGCAAACCCAGGACAGCAUGUACAGGUUUGAGCAGCAGGCUGGGCUGAGAGACACUGGGUACACCCCCCAUAAGGGCCUCACUGCUGAGGAGACCCGCCAUCACCACCGCAUGCCUGAGUCAUUCCAAAAAAUGAACAUUCAAACUGUGGAUAUGGGAGCGGGACAUAAGGGAGGACAUGAGGACAAGCAAACAUCAUCUGCUCAGUCCACCCCUAAUAGCACUCCUCAGAACUCACCUAAACAGAACCGCAGGGGCUGGUUGUCCAGCCAGAGCUCGACAGCAUCUGUCAGUAGCUCAGACCUCAGUACCAGCUCUAACACCAGUGUGGACAUGGGUGCCGGUGAGGGGGGAGGAGCAGUCGAACGCUGGGGUAUCUUUGGACCACGUCCAGUUGUUCAGAAAUCCACUACCGACCCAGGGGGUUUUGCUCUCCAGUCGUACCGCGGGGCCCAGAAGCCCACCCCCAUGGAGGUGAUGAAGGCUCAGGCCACUCGGCUGGCUCUUGACCCUGCUGUUAACCAACAGGCCCCUCCCAAGAUGGAGAUCCCCACCACGGAGAGCAGUAGACUGUCAGCACGGCCACACAAGCUCAAACCUCGAGACAUAAAUAUCCUCACGCCCUCAGGUUUCUGAGACGUACCAUGUUGUCACUACUCCUUCAUUUUGUAGCUGGUCUACCAUCAAGUCCAAGGCUCUCCAACUCUGCUCCUGGAGAGCUACCGUCCUGUAGGUUUUCACUCCAACCUGAUUCAGCUUAACAACCAGCUAGUAAUUGGAAUCAGGACAGUGGUGCUCCAGGAACAGGGUUGGAGAGCCCUCUGGUCUAGACUAUUCUCUCCCUACACCCUUGUUUUGCCUCAGCCUUUUGCCUUGUAACAGAACCGUGUAUAUUUACUUUGUAUGUAUGGUCCGAGUGUCAAGAUGUUCUGAUGCAUGGUGUUGCAAAGUGUAACUCUCACUGUUUUGCCAAAGACUGUAAAAGUCACACCGUGUUCAUGGUUUGGUCAUUCAGUUGGCUUGUGAGUCUCAUUCAGAAGUACACUAUCACAAGCUUUUCAUUGUCUGCAGAUUUCAGUAAGAUGUAAUGAUUCACAUUUGUCAUGUCUUCAAGAACAUUAUGGUGAUUAUUGUUCACCCUCAAGGAAGUGUUUUUUUUGUUUUUUUCCCGUGUUUCUGCAUUCCUGCUGUCAAGUCGACCGUUUUGAAGUUGAAACACUGUCAGUAAAACCCUGCAACAGAAUGUUAAUAACGUUGCAUAUUAAUCAGAGAACUGUUACUAUUUGACUGACCCUGUUCAGGUAUUUUCACUUUUUUUAUAUCUAUAGAAAAAGAUCCAUAUAUAUACCUCACCUGUGGUCUUUGUUGUAAAUAUCUGAUUAAAUAACAAUGCUAACAACAGUAAAAAAAAGUAUGGUUCCAUCUUCCAGAA